AUGCCUGGUCUUGAUGAUGCCGCAUUGUAUGCAAAAAUUCGCGAAAAAGCGAAAGAAUAUAAUUUAAGUGAACAAGAAUUAAAAGCAAUUGAAACUGCAAGGCAGAAAAUGACGAUUCAUUCUUUCUUGGGUGGGUUGACAGUUGCUUCGGCGUCGUUUUUAGUGGCGAAACAGAGAAACUUCAAGCCUUUACAAAAAUUAGUCUUCACUGGCUUUAGUUUUGUUUUUGGUUCGCAGAUUGGUCUCUUGACAGGCGCUUACUCGGGCUACAAGGUUAUAAAUAGCUUACCAGAACCUCAGCGUAUUUUCAAACUUUUCCAAAGUGCACAAUCAGAAGUGCUCAAUCAAGCAGGGAAGAGAGGCUUGUCGAGUAAUGAUAUGCGUCCCGUCCAACUACCAAAUCAAUCGCAGUAUAGUCAUCAAGCUCAAGCUACGCAUGGUGAUGAGUUUACUCCUGAUGUUAAUGAUAACAUGAGCGGAGAUGUGUGGGCUGCUAAAGAACCCUUAGAAUUACAGAACGACCAAGCACAUCAAGAGCAUUCUAGGCCUAUAAUAAGAGCCGAAAUAGAUCAAAACAAUCAAGCGAUACAGGAACAACAGCCUAGUGCGUGGGAUAAGAUACGAUCGAUAAAUUUACCAAAUAAUACAUGGAACAGAUUACGCAUGGAGGCAAUGAAAGAAUCCAAAGAUACAAAUAGUAAUUCGGCAGGAAGUGACUCUAGACAUUUGAAAAAUAGUAACAGUUGGAGUAGAUUAAGGGAAAACCCUGACUUUGAGACUUCUGGGGAAGAGGUGCCGCGUACGAGAGAAGAGACAUUACAAAGAGAAUCCGUCAGAAAGAACCAAUGGGGUGAUCCACUGGGAUAA